AUGAAUCUUCAUUUCUCUUCUACUUCUGCCCUUCAGGAAGGGAAGCUGUGCUCUGCUUCCGACGCAGAGAGCCUGAUAUAUAUGCUUUUCUUUUCUUCUGGAGGGGAUUUACCUGUUCUCGACUCAGUUGAGGGGGCACUUGAGUGGAGAGAAACGGCUUGGUCAAGGAGGGUGAUACAACAAAAGCUUGGAGAUAUCUCCGCUAUGUUGAAAGCAUGUGCAGAUUAUGUUGAUAGCCUGUGUGGAACACCUUAUCCUAUGGAUUAUGAAAUUUGGUUGAGAAGGUUGAAAAGACAUAUUCGUGAGGAAGAUAAUGGGAAGGAAGUCGACACAUCUAGUUAA